AUGAGCGUCCCGAGCCCCGCGUGGGCCUCGGCCGGCGUGGCGGAGGACGGCGAGCUGCGCGUGAACGUGGGCGGCUGCCGGCGGCGCCUGGCCUCGCGCGCGCUGCUGCGCUUCCCGGAGACGCGCCUGGGCCGCCUGCUGCGCUGCCGCUCGCGCGAGGCGGUGCUGGAGCUGUGCGACGACUACGACGAGGCCCGGCGCGAGGUCUACUUCGACCGCAACCCCGAGCUCUUCCCCUACGUGCUGCACUUCUACCACACGGGCCGGCUGCACGUCAUGGCCCAGCUGUGCGUCUUCUCCUUCAGCCAGGAGAUCGAGUACUGGGGCAUCAACGAGUUCUUCAUCGACGCCUGCUGCAGCGACAGCUACCACGGCCGCAAAGUGGAGCCCGAGCCGGGCCGGGAGGCGUGGGACGAGCAGAGCGAGCGCGAGAGCACGGCGUCGUCGCUCGACGAGAUCCUGGCCUUCUACCACGACGCGGCCAAGUUCGACGGGCAGCCGCUGGGCCGCGUGCGCCGCCGGCUGUGGCUGGCGCUGGACAACCCGGGCCACUCGGCGCUCAGCCGCGUCUUCAGCGUGCUGUCCAUCCUGGUGGUGCUGGGCUCCAUCGUCACCAUGUGCCUGCACAGCCUGCCCGACUUCCAGGCCCGCGAAGGCGACGGCCACCCCGGCGAGGACCCGCGCUUCGAGGCCGUGGAGCACUUCGGCAUCGCCUGGUUCACGCUGGAGCUGCUGGCGCGCUUCGCCGUGGCGCCCGACUUCCUGCGCUUCUUCCGCCGCGCGCUCAACCUCAUCGACCUCAUGUCCAUCGCGCCCUUCUACGUCACGCUGCUGGUCAACCUGGUGGUGGACAGCACGCCCGCCCUGGCCAACCUGGGCCGCGUGGCGCAGGUGCUGCGUCUCAUGCGCAUCUUUCGCAUCCUCAAGCUGGCUCGCCACUCCACCGGCCUGCGCUCGCUGGGGGCCACGCUCAAGUACAGCUACAAGGAGGUGGGCCUGCUCCUGCUCUACCUCUCCGUGGGCAUCUCCAUCUUCUCCGUCGUGGCCUACACCAUCGAGAAGGAGGAGAACGAAGGCCUGGCCACCAUCCCCGCCUGCUGGUGGUGGGCCACCGUCAGCAUGACCACCGUAGGCUACGGGGACGUGGUCCCCGGGAGCACGGCGGGGAAGCUGACCGCCUCCGCCUGCAUCCUGGCCGGCAUCCUGGUGGUGGUGCUGCCCAUCACGCUCAUCUUCAACAAGUUCUCGCACUUCUACCGGCGCCAGAAGCAGCUGGAGAGCGCCAUGCGCAGCUGCGACUUCGGGGACGGCUUGAAGGACGUGCCCUCGGUGAACCUGAGGGACUACUACGCUCACAAGGUCAAGUCGCUCAUGGCGAGCCUGACGAACAUGAGCCGGAGCUCGCCCAGCGAGCUGAGUCUAGAUGAUUCUCUCCACUAG